AUGGGGGUCAGAAAAAUAUUGAAACUGAAGUACGAGGACUUGGCGUGUUAUACCGAUAACUUUUCCGAGAGCAACUACCUGAGUCAUUUCCAAUUUGGCAAUCUCUAUCGUGGAAAAAUUGUGCGCGAUAAUUGUACACUAAAUGUGAUGGUAAAGAUAUGGGAAGUCUCAGAAAUAUAUGUUUUUUGGCCUGGAGAUAAUGAAGGCAGACUGGUGGAUGAAGUCAUGAUGCUUCGCCCUGAAAUACAUCCCGGCAUUGUAAAGAUGUAUGGAUAUUGCAACGAAUAUGAUCAUCUUGGUGUUGUUUAUGAGUUUGAGCCUUUCGAUUCGGUUUUUAACCUCAUUCCUAAAGAGGAUUUCACUUGGCUGCAAAUAAUCAAAGUUGCGUUUGCGUUUGCAUCCCUCCUCAAAUUUCUGCACGCUCCAAAGUGUUCGUUUUACAAACCUUACAUAGUCCGCAACCUUGAUUGUGCUCAUUUAGUUGUUGACAAGGAUUAUAAUCCUAAAUCAUGCGAUUUCGGCUUGAUCACCGGAGGAAUUUUUCCCGAUAGGACAAUAUAUAAAUGCCAUCCCGUCACUGGAAGCUGUGGCUACAUUGAUUGUAAUGCAAUUGUUAGAGGUGUACAUUCGGAGACGCAAGAUGUGUUUGCAUUUGGGGUUAUACUACUCAACUUGAUAUCGGAGAGAGUUUACAAGAGAGAAAACAGGGGUCUAAAUGAAUAUGAAAUUUACGAAUGGGCCUGGAAAGAAUAUUUGUCCUUCAAUUUACUUGAGCAAACGAGUGAGAGUGAGUGGCAUACUAUUAACUUUUCACUUGUCGACCAAAGUCUAACCGGGGAACCUGAUUUUGAUGCUGAUGACGGGGAGAAACUUUCUGAGAUGUUAAUUGAAUGUACACGAGCAGACCCAUCUGACCGGCCUAAUAUUAAGCAAAUUGUAAGAUCUCUGCUUAAACUUAAAGUUGUGAAGAAAAAUGCCGACUUUCUUGGACUGAAAAAGGUGCCACAAACAAGUGAAAACACCACCUUCUGA